AUGCCUGUAAAGUCUUGUAAAGUUGCAGUACUUGGAUUCGGAAUGAUGACGAUGAAAGUCAAGUUUGAUGAAAAUGAUGACUUCACUGAUUGUCAAAAAGAUUUAAAAGAAGAAAAUAAUCUCGAAGCAGCUAUGAUGAAGAAAGAAGGAAGAAAGAAUG